GAGGAAUCUUCGAGUACGCGGAUGGCCCCAACACGCAGGUGAUGAGCGCCGAGGAGCAAGCCUUCCGAUUUUCUGCCAAUAUUAUCAAUAGAAACAGAACUUUGCUGCCUAACACAACGCUCACCUAUGACAUUCAGAGGAUACACUUCCACGACAGCUUCGAAGCAACUAAGAAAGCCUGUGACCAGCUCGCUCUGGGGGUCGUAGCAAUAUUCGGACCUUCCCAGGGCUCCUGCACCAAUGCCGUCCAGUCUAUUUGCAAUGCCCUGGAAGUGCCCCACAUACAGCUUCGAUGGAAGCAUCACCCUUUGGAUAACAAGGACACUUUCUAUGUCAACCUGUAUCCCGACUACGCGUCCCUGAGCCACGCCAUCCUGGACCUCGUGCAGUAUUUGAAGUGGAGGUCAGCCACUGUGGUGUACGACGACAGUACAGGCCUCAUACGGCUGCAAGAGCUCAUCAUGGCCCCGUCAAGGUACAACAUCCGCCUGAAGAUCCGCCAGCUCCCGCUGGACACCGACGACGCGCGGCCGCUGCUGAAGGAGAUGAAGCGGGGCAGGGAAUUCCGCAUCAUCUUCGACUGCAGCCACCUGAUGGCAGCUCAGAUCCUCAAGCAGGCCAUGGCAAUGGGAAUGAUGACAGAAUACUACCACUUCAUCUUCACCACUCUGGAUCUUUAUGCAUUAGACCUAGAACCAUACCGCUACUCUGGAGUGAACCUGACCGGCUUCCGGAUCCUCAACGUGGAGAACCCGCACGUGUCCUCCAUCAUCGAGAAGUGGUCCAUGGAGCGGCUGCAGUCAGCGCCGAAGGCGGAGCUGGGGCUGCUCGACGGCGUCAUGAUGACAGACGCUGCCCUGUUGUAUGACGCGGUGCACGUGGUCUCUGUCUGCUACCAGCGCGCCCCUCAGAUGACCGUCAACUCCCUGCAGUGCCAUCGGCACAAAGCCUGGAGGUUUGGUGGCCGCUUCAUGAAUUUCAUAAAAGAGGCCCAAUGGGAAGGAUUAACGGGACGCAUUGUCUUUAAUAAGACGAGUGGUUUGCGGACAGAUUUUGAUUUGGAUAUCAUCAGCCUCAAAGAAGAUGGUCUCGAAAAGGUUGGAGCGUGGAGCCCAUCCGACGGUUUGAACAUCACAGAAAUUUCCAAAGGACGAGGGCCUAACGUCACCGACUCGCUGAGCAACAGAUCCCUGAUUGUCACCACUGUCCUGGAGGAGCCCUUUGUCAUGUUCCGUAAGUCCGACACGGCCCUGUUCGGGAACGACCGCUUUGAGGGUUACUGCAUCGACCUCCUGAAGGAGCUGGCCAUCAUCCUGGGCUUCACCUACGAGAUCCGGCUGGUGGAAGAUGGGAAAUACGGGGCGCAGGACGAGAAGGGGCAGUGGAACGGCAUGAUCAAGGAGCUCAUCGACCACAAAGCUGAUCUGGCCGUUGCUCCUCUCACCAUCACCCACGUGCGGGAGAAAGCCAUAGACUUCUCCAAGCCCUUCAUGACGCUGGGGGUCAGCAUCCUCUACCGGAAGCCCAACGGGACCAACCCCAGCGUGUUCUCCUUCCUCAACCCCCUGUCUCCUGACAUUUGGAUGUACAUCCUCCUCGCCUACCUGGGGGUCAGCUGCGUGCUGUUUGUCAUCGCCAGGUUCAGCCCAUACGAGUGGUACGACGCUCACCCCUGCAACCGGAUAUAACCUACAUACGUAUAUAUAAAACUGGUUCUUUCUCUCUGUUUCCUCUUCCCUCCUUCUCCUUCCCCCUCUCCCACCCCAGGCUCUGAGCUGAUGCCCAAAGCACUGUCUACACGGAUCAUUGGUGGCAUAUGGUGGUUCUUCACCCUAAUUAUCAUCUCGUCCUAUACGGCCAACCUUGCCGCCUUCCUGACGGUGGAGAGGAUGGAAUCCCCCAUCGACUCGGCAGAUGACUUGGCAAAGCAGACAAAAAUCGAGUACGGAGCAGUGAAGGAUGGAGCCACUAUGACCUUCUUCAAGAAAUCCAAAAUUUCCACGUUUGAAAAAAUGUGGGCUUUCAUGAGCAGCAAACCCACAGCACUGGUUAAAAACAACGAGGAAGGAAUUCAGCGAACCCUCACGGCCGAUUACGCCCUCCUGAUGGAGUCAACCACCAUCGAGUACAUCACCCAGAGGAACUGCAACCUGACUCAGAUCGGGGGACUCAUCGAUUCCAAAGGCUACGGGAUUGGGACUCCCAUGGGGUCACCAUACAGGGACAAGAUCACCAUCGCCAUCCUCCAGCUCCAGGAGGAGGACAAGCUCCACGUGAUGAAGGAGAAGUGGUGGCGGGGGAAUGGCUGCCCUGAGGAUGAGAACAAGGAGGCCAGCGCCCUGGGCAUCCAGAACAUUGGUGGGAUUUUCAUCGUUCUGGCAGCAGGCUUGGUGCUCUCCGUCUUCGUGGCCAUGGUGGAGUUCAUCUACAAGCUGCGCAAAACGGCGGAGCGCGAGCAGCGCUCCUUCUGCAGCGCCAUGGCCGAUGAGAUCCGCCUGUCGCUCACCUGCCAGCGACGGGUCAAACACAAGCCCCAGCCACCCGUCAUGGUGAAGACGGACGCCGUGAUCAACAUGCACACGUUCAACGACCGACGGCUGCCAGGGAAGGACAACAUGACCUGCAACACUGGAUUGACACCUGUGUUUCCCUAGGGAACGGGAACGGGGGGGCGGGAGGGAAGGAAUUGCAGCAGACAAGGCUGGAUGCACACUUAGCUAGGGAAGAAAGGAUUAAAAAACAAGAAAAAAAAAACAGAAAAAAAAAAAAGC